AUGUCCUUUGAACCCGCGCCCAUUGAGUGUGUUGGCGUCAGCUCGCCAUUCUAUUGGCAGAUUGACGAGCGAAUGCGCAAGACUACGCUACCAGCCAUCCUUGAUUCCUUAAAAACCACCGGCCGCUUUUACGCGCUAUCAUGGACUCCAGAAAGCGCUCCGACCAAGGCUCACUGUUUCUGGGACUCAGAUGUCUAUAAGACCAUGGAGGCUUGUUGUUAUUACUUGAUUAAAGACGAUGAUGCCCAGAUACGUGCCGAUGUAGAGGAGAUUGUAGGAUAUAUCAAAAAGGCCCAGUGGGAAGACGGGAGGAUACCCGGGACAUCAAGAGCUGGAGAUUGGACUGCUCCGGCUUUAGAGAUUACUCGGGAAGAGGUUUUUCUUGACACGGCUGGGUUUUUCCUCCGUGAACGGAGCAAGAAGGAUGAGAGGGGACGCAUAUAUUACGACCGCGAGGCUUUGGCCAGAGACGAAAAUCCCUUCGACUCUCCCAGCGAAAUGCUAAGACGUCGCUUUAGGAGUACCCACGACUACUCCUACAUGCAGGCGCAUAUGCCACUUGUCGAUCAGCAGACCAUCGAAGGUCACUGUGUCCGAGCAAUGUAUUUUGUCACUGGAGCAGCACACUAUGCUUUUGUAAAGCCUUCCGAAACGAAGGAUAUUCAGGAUGCCGUCCAAAGGCUGUUGAACAACGCAGUCAAACAGAAGAUGUACGUUAUUGGCGGCCUAGGUAGUGUCGCCGAGUAUGAAGGAUUCGGGCCAGGUUACCACCUCCCGGACCUGCAGGCCGGAGGAGGCUGCUACUCUGAGACUUGUGCCAGCGUCGCCCUCGUUUUCCUCUGCGAGCGUCUGCUUCAAAGUUGCCCAAACAGAUUGUACGGGGACGUUAUGGAACGUGCCUUAUUGAAUUGUGUUUUGGGAGCCGUUGGAUCACAAGGUAGACCAACCAUUCUCCAUUCUUUCGAGACGACCGUUGCGGGCCAGCCAUGGUGUCGGAAGAAGUGGUUUGAAACCUCCUGUUGUCCGCCGAAUGUUGCAAAACUAAUGGGCAUGUUGCCAUCGCUCAUAUUUUCCACUCGGGGCUCCACUGUUGCCAUUCAUCUGUUUAUAAGCUCGGUUCUGACACCAGAGGUGGAUGGCCACCAAGUUCAAGUGACGAUGGAAACACCUCUACCUUGGGAAGGCACCGUGAAAAUAACUGUUGACUGCCAAAAGGAAGCUGAGCUAGCAAUUCGUAUACCCGACUGGGCUGCUACUGGAUACACGACCUCAGCUAAAGGCCAUGUUCGGGAAGGGUACUUUUACGUUUCGGUCGUUUCGUCGUCCGAAAUACAGCUAUCCUUUCCCACGCAGCCCAAGAUGGUGUAUGCUCACCCCGGCACUAGGAAAGACGAGAUAGCAGUCACCCGUGGGCCAAUUGUCUAUUGUGCCGAGAGUCCCGAUAAUGAUGUUGAUCUGGAAACCACGUACGUGGAUUGA